AGAAGAGGAAGCGACUAGGAAAAGCCUAUCGAAAAGAACCACUUAGUUUUAAGUAGUGAGUCAAAACGAGCGCAUCAAUCUCGUUCUGGCCACACUUCAGGAUGAGCCCGUUUCUGUAUGGGCCGGCGGACUCCGCACCCUCGACGGGCAGGCGGCCGCUAAAGUAUGAGCCGGCGGUGUUUGCGGAUAUUGGAUCGAUGAGUCACAAACUUUUUUUUGUGAUUUUUGGGGUCUGGAACUUUAUGCACGUCGUGCAGCUGUUCAUGGAAGAUUCCUGUGACACUUUCUUUGCCACCAGAUCGUGCACAGAAACCGAGUAUUGGGUUCAGCUGUGGUUCGGGUACGGCUUCUUUUGGUGCACCGAAAAUUGGCUAUUUCUCGCUUAUCUAGGCCUCUAUUCUGAGCCGGCUGCUGAGGGGCCAGACUACAUCCGACGUCUCGUGCGACUACAGCCUUUUUUUUCAUCCAGAUGCAUUAUUCAUAUUACAAUGAUAAUAGCAUGAAGAACAAUCUGCACCGAUCGUUGUUUGUAUCUCCCCUCCUGCCUAUAUUGCCAGGUCCAUUACUUUACAUCAGCUAUGGCUUCUGCUUGGCGAUCGGUACUAUGAUUGGAGUCGGAUGCCAAUCCUCGGGAGGCAAUAUGGUAUUGCGAAUUCUACUUGUAGUUGGCCGAUUUCAUCACAAGAAGCUGGAUUG